AUGGCAGUCGCCGCCGAUACAGUAUGGGUGUCGAGUUUGGACGAGACGGGACUCGCAAUAGUUGCAACGUCGAUAACGUUGGGAAUAAUAUCGCUGGUUGUUGUCUCUCUGCGCGCCUUCGUCCGAUUCCGCGAGAAUGUCUUCGGAUGGGACGAUGGCCUCAUGGCUGGCGGACUCGUCCUCUUCCUUGUCGAUGUCGCCCUGGCCUGUGUAGGCGCAUGUCGUGGCCUUGGGAAGGAAAACUCCGACCUCAACGCUUUCAUGCAGGUUGAAGCAACAAAGUAUCUGAUGAUAUGGAUGCUGGUCUACGUCAAUGCUUUGGUCUUGAUCAAGUGUUCAAUUUGUGUUACGAUGUACCGAAUUGCGGGCGUCACCAAGAGCUAUCGCAUCGCUAUUUGGACCUUGCUAGCAAUCAUCAUUGGAAAUUACCUUACGACAUUUAUUGGAAUUUUAUCUCUUUGCCAGCCGGUCGAAGCCAACUGGAAUACGUCCCUGAUCGCGGAGGGAAGGGCGACUUGCGCGGGCAUGAGCGCUAUGAUCGGGUUGUCAUACACCUCGACGGCAUGUUCUAUUGCCACUGAUUUGGCUUGCGCUGUUCUACCCGGUGUCAUCCUGUGGAGGACCCAGAUGAAGCUGAGCACUAAGAUCUCUGUCACCAUCCUGCUUUCGUUCGGUUCUCUUGCAUCUAUCUCGACUAUCAUUCGGACACCUACAAUAGAAGCCUACCGAAAUCCCACCGACAACCUCAUCGCGCAUGUCGGCAAGAUCGUGCUAUACUCGAAUAUCGAAUCGGCCAUCGGUCUCAUUGCCGGCUCGCUGCCUUCAUUGCGCCGCCUGAUAGUUACCAAGGUCAUCAAGUCGUCGGGAAAGGACAGCACGCUGAACCCUCCGCUAGGUCUCGUGACCUUUGGGGGUUCAGCGCAGGCGACCAGCGGCGGACGAUCGCGGGCGCGAACGUUUAAAUCGAAUACGGAGAACGGCGUUUCCAUUGCGGCCGUGCAUGCGCAUGGCAACGGAGACUGGAGGAGAUUAGGAGAUGACUCGGACAAGGAGGAAAGCUUGCGGGGCAUAAGAGCUGAAUACACGUACGAGGUCGAGAUGUCAGGACGCGCAGAGUCGCAGUCGCUUGGUUCCAAUGUGUAA